UCCGCCUUGCCUUCCUCCCCAAGAAUCGUGACGCCUGCGGCGCACAGAGUGCCCACGCGGUCUCCACCUCGUCAAUGCUCCCCCAGAAAACCAGUGUCUUGCCAGGGAAGCCUUCUCCGGGCUGCUGUAAAUAGCAACAUAUACCUCUCUCCGGUGUGCGCAGUAAGCUAACCCCCCCACGCCCCACCCCGCGCGCAGACAUGCCUCUCUCGCUCGGCGCCGACCAUCUCGCCACGCCCGGCGCGCGCGCUCCGCUUGCGCGGGUGGGCGCGGCCAUGGGCAUGGACACGUCCCUCUCGCUGGGCGGUGCCGCCGCCUACCUCCCGCUCAACGAGAACGACUCCCUCGACAUGCUCCUCUUCGACGUCCUCCGCGAGGCCUCCGCCGUGGCCGCCGCCUCGCCCUCCUCCUCCUCCUCCUCUCCCCCGACGAAGAUGGCGGCGGCCAUUGCCGCCUCUGGUCCCGCCACGGUCGAGGGCGGCAGGGCAUGCGCGGCCGGGAGGGCCGCGGAGCGCCCGCACUACCGCGGGGUGAGGCGGCGGCCGUGGGGGAAGUACGCGGCGGAGAUCCGGGACCCAUCGCGGCCCGGCACGCGCCUGUGGCUCGGCACCUUCGGCACGGCCGAGGAGGCGGCCGUCGCCUACGACCGCGCCGCGUUCCGCCUGCGCGGCGCCAAGGCGCUGCUCAACUUCCCGCCGGCCGUGGGGGCGCACGAGGCGCGCCGCGGCGCCGAUGGGGCUAGGUGAAUGCUACGUGCGUUCUCUCGCCGAUUGUUCCUCUCUCUUAGCCGUGUGUUGUUAGCUUCUUAGUUUAGGCCGAAUUCCCAUUCUGUAACCGUUCGUUCACGCGUGGUGUGGUCUGUGGUGGACCAAUUUGCAUUUCGUGGGCGCUCUUUUGGUGAUCUCUCUACGGUUAUCAACAGAUAUCGAUCAUCAAUUGUACAGUAGUACUACUACUAGUCUCGUCUGAAAUUUUUACGAAGUGUAAGACGAAAUCUGGAGAACUGUGUGAACCGGUAACGAGAAGACAGAUU